AUGCCAAGAACUAAACAAGCUAACCCGCCAAACAAAACUGAAGCCAGACGCCCGACUUUUGCAAAUGAAGAACGCCUUCAUCGACGACGGAACUGCAAACCUGUUCUAGAAACAGUCGAAAAGCAGCUUCCAUCAAAAACCAGCCUCAAGCCUGGGAAAGCAGCUCCUCGAGAUGUCCGACGAUACCAGCCGCUGCACGAGCUGAUCAUUCCGAAGGCACAGUUCCGUUCAAUGUGUAAAAGUGUCCUCCGCGACAUCAAACGUGACUUCCGGAUGCAAGUGACUGCCUUGAAACCACUCCAAAUUGAAGUCGAGCAGCGCAUCAUCGAGGUCUUUGCUGAUGCAGGACUCUUUGCCAAACACGCAAAUCGAGUGUCUCUCAAACCAAGAGACCUGUCUCUUGCACUGCUUCUUCGUGGAGAAGAAGAUCCUCGUCGCAAGAAGCAUCCGAGCGCGCGAACCGACUGGAUCGUCGACCCGAAUGAUGUCGGAUUUGAGAAUUUGAUUUCAAUCAAACUCGACAGUAGUAUUAUCCUUUUCGUUUUGCGCGUUCGCACUAUUCUUCGGAAAACAAACAUUGCUCGCGCGCAUUCAAUUUAA